GAAUGAGGAUAGGUGUCGCUGAGAUUUAAAUCAUGCGCGCAGUCGUUUUUAAACUUUGAGAGGGCCUAAAUCACUUCUUUGUUACAUUUUGAUUAUCAAGAUCAUUCCUCUCAUGUUCACUGGUCUCGUUGAAAUUAUCGGUCAAGUCACUUCGGUUGUUGAGCAAGAUCAGACAGCCUCCGGUGGAGGUGGUUGGACUAUUACCGUCGGCGAAGCAAGCCCCAUUUUAACCGAUUGUCACAUUGGUGACAGCAUCGCUAUCAAUGGUACUUGCUUGACAGUAACUGAAUUUGACGAAAAUACGUUCAAGGUGGGCGUCGCUCCCGAAAGCUUACGACGAACCAAUCUCGGUGACCUCAAAGUGGGAAGCAAAGUGAAUCUGGAACGAGCCAUGGAUGCGCAAAAGCGCUUUGGUGGCCAUAUGGUUCAAGGUCAUGUCGAUGCUACUGUGAAAAUCGUAUCCAUCACACCGGAAGGAAACUCGCUAUGGUUCAAAUUCCAAUUGGACGAAGAACAAAAGGAUAUGAUGCGAUAUAUCAUUCCCAAGGGAUUCAUUGCCCUGGACGGUACUUCGCUCACCGUAUGCGACGUUGAUGAUGCUGAACGCACCUUUACCAUCAUGAUGAUUGCUCAUACCCAGGAACACGUGAUUAUGCCCUUGAAACAAAUAGGCGAUCGUGUCAAUGUCGAAAUGGAUAUGCUGGCCAAGUACGCUCUCAAAAGCCUGGAAAACGCUAUCAAACAAGGCGAAGGAUUAGAAGCACUGCUUAAACGUAUUGCGCGCGCUUAAAUAUCAGCAAUAAAAAAUUCGAAUAAAGGACAGGCGAGACUAUUUGCGAAAGCGGGCUACUUGGGAUUUGCGUUGUUCGGGUGUUAUAAUGGAUUGAAAUUGAUAGUUGAGAUCCAUCCAUAUUUUUAGUGUUAACUGUAU